AUGGGCUUAGUAUCCACUGCUGGAACUCCGGCCUUGUAUUUCAUCUUGGAUCCUAAAGCAGAUGUGUAUAAGAGCCCAGGAGUAUUGGCAGAUAAAUUUGCUUUUGGAUAUGCGCCUUUAGUCGGACGGUCAGAUAUAAACAUAACAGCUCAUGCGCCACCCGAAUCUCCUUGCACCAGUGGGAUUGUUCCAGGAGAUCGCAAAUUCAACUGUCACGUCCAACAGUUUCAACAUUAUUUCGCCCAGUAUUCUUCGCAGUUUGUUUGCAUUGAGAACAGCGACAUUAGUACGGGUCAUGAUGCAGUUCGCUCAAGAGCGGAUGAGACGAGUAUGCGGGUUCGCCUUCAGUCCUCUUCAGGAUCUGGCGUGGCAUUAGGCAGUGAGAUGUCCGGAGGCAUUUCCCACAUACUUGUGGAGAACCUUCACCUAUACAAAUCCUUAAACGGAAUCGAACUCAAAACCAGCAGAGGAAGAGGUGGAUACAUAAAGGACAUUCUCAUAUCAGAUGUUGAAAUGGAUAACAUUGAGCUGGCAAUUCAGGUAACUGGACACUGCGAUUCCCAUCCGGACAACGAGUUCGAUCCAAAUGCAGUAGCAGUUGUUAAUGACAUUACAUUUGAGAAUAUGGUGGGAUCAAAUAUUUCUUUCGCUGGGAAUUUUAUUGGUCUUUAUGAGUCCCCUUUCACUUCCAUCUGUCUCUCAAAUAUCACCCUCUCCAUCACUGGCGAAUUUUCCGCCUCCUGGUUUUGUUCCAAAGUCGCCGGUUUCUCUCAGAAUGUGUCACCGGAACCAUGCCCCAAUCUCCAGGGUUCAAUUAUCAAUUCUUCCUUCUCACUCACAGACCAAAACAGUCUGUCUGAAUCUUUUUGA